AGAUGAAACGUAUUUGAAAGUGUUAUGAAAUGUGUUUGAAAAUGGUAUGUGUUGAAAUGAGAAUGAAUUAGGAAGCAUGAAUAUGAGCGUGAAAAUCCUCCGAUGUGUGUCGAGAGGAUGGAGGUGUUUCUCUUCCAUGCAGGGAGGCGCGAUGAACGUGUUUGACAGGAACAUGAAGCGCAAACAGAAAGAAUGGGCUUCAUCUUUACUUGACAGCGACAAAUACGAUUACCUUCGAGACGAGGUGGCGAGCAGAGUGGCAGACAGAGUUUAUGACAUCUCAAGGACUUUCCCUCUGGCUUUGGAUGUAGGAUGUGGGAAGAGUCACAUCGCAGAGCAUUUGAGUAAGGAGGUUGUUGAACGUCUCUUCUUAACAGACGCCUCAGACUCUUCCCUGAGGAACAGGAGGGAAUGUGAGAUUCCUACUCACUGUGUUGUGGCAGACGAGGAGUUCCUGCCCUUUCAAGAAAACACAUUUGACCUAGUGCUCAGCAGCCUGAGUCUGCACUGGGUCAACGACCUUCCUGGAGCUUUGAGACAGAUCCACCAUGUGUUGAAGCCGGACGGCGUGUUCAUUGGAGCGAUGGUUGGCGGGGAGACGCUCUACGAGCUGCGGUGCUCUCUGCAGUUAGCCGAGCUGGAGAGGGAGGGCGGGUUUGCGCCCCAUAUCUCACCCUACACAGCUGUCACUGACCUGGGCAACCUGCUGGGACAGGCCCGAUUCAACAUGCUCACUGUGGACAUUGAUGAAGUUCAGGUCCAUUACCCUGGUAUGCUGGAGGUCAUGAGUGAUUUACAAGGUAUGGGCGAGAGCAACUGUGCGUGGAACAGGAAGUCACUCCUGCAAAGAGACACUAUACUGGCGGCCGCUGCCAUUUAUAAAGAGAUGUACGGCAGUGAAGACGGCUCAGUUCCAGCCACGUUUCAGAUCCUCUACAUGAUUGGCUGGAAGCCUCAUGAUUCUCAGGCGAAACCAGCAAAACGGGGUACGGCGAAUGUCUCAUUCGCGGAUUUAUCAAAAAUUGACAAACUUCAGACCGACCACCAGAACACCAAUGACAAGUCCUAGGAGUCAUGUUUUAUCCCUCAAAUCAACUUAUGUGCUUUGAAGGAUCUGCUUUACUUAUAUGAACAUGAUUACACUGAAAUGUUGCAUCAACAAACUGUAAUUUUUGC